AAAGAACAGCUGUUGCGUGCUAGAUUCUUUUAGUUGCAACAACUAUACGAGAAUACUGUUUUUGUUAGCGGUUAAUUAUUUACACGGUUAAGUUAAUUCAACAUCUGAUGAUACGCUGGAGCAUUGAUAAAGAUCAGCUAGGUGAAGUGACGUUAGUUCUUGUGGUUUUAGUGUUGUUUUAUGGUGGUUUGUGACGAAGAUAUCCUGGAUUUUAUUAGUAUGGAUACCGAAGGCCAAGUUCAGCAGUACGGUGAAGUAAACCAGCUUGGUGGUGUCUUCGUCAACGGCCGCCCCUUACCCAACUCCGUCCGCCUCCGCAUCGUCGAGCUUUCCCAAGUAGGCAUCCGACCCUGCGACAUCUCCCGCCAACUUCGCGUCUCCCACGGCUGCGUCUCAAAAAUCCUCGCCCGCUACCACGAAACCGGCUCCAUCCUCCCCGGCGCCAUCGGCGGGUCCAAGCCCCGCGUCACCACCCCCAAAGUCGUCGCCUACAUCAAGGACCUCAAGCAGAAGGACCCGGGGAUCUUCGCCUGGGAGAUCCGCGACCGGCUGCUCUCGGACGGCAUCUGCGACAAGUACAACGUGCCCUCCGUGAGCUCCAUCAGUCGAAUCCUCCGCAACAAAAUCGGCUCGUUAGUGCACCCCGCGCCCCACUCGCACUCGCUCUACAACGCCAUCUACCCCACGUAUCCGUACCCCCAGCAGAAGCUGCAGACGCCGCCUCCGCAACGCCACACCGCCGCCUCUUGCUGGCCCAGCUCGCACUCGGUGUCGGACAUCUUGGCGGGGGUGCACGCGGCGGCGUUCAGGGCCCCCCACGGGGCGCCUGGGGGAGUCCCCGGACCCACGUCCUCUGCGGAAAGUGCGCAGAACUACAACUAUUACAUGUACUUGCAAAGUGGCAACACCGCGAUGCACAUGGUUAAUCCGGGUAUUAAUACUCACCCCCUGACGGCGCCGGGGACGCAUCUUUGAAACGCGGUCAAGCGAUGACCAAGGAUUGUCAAAAUGUGCCAGUUGGAGGUGUGUGAUAGGAUUAUAAAUUGUUGUCAAUAAGAGUUUGGAAGUGUACUUAACACUUUACAGAACCUUUGCUUGUGUUUUUGUAUGCUUGAGAAGCUUUAAACUGUAACAUUAAGAUGUUGGAUUAUGACUGUACAAAAGCUGUUACGGUUGUCUAUGGAUGUGCCUUGCGUUUUAAGUGUCAUAUCAGAACGAAUUAAACCGGACGUUAUUCGAUAAAGAAACUUUUUAUGUAAGUAGUUACAUUAUUUAUUGUUAACUGUAAU